CCUGUACCAGUGACAGAGUUGCUAAAAAUGUCAAAGUGUCAACUUCAAAAAAUUGGUAAAAUGACAAUAAAUUAUUGUCAUAUUUGUAAUAUGAGUACUUUAUAGAAAAUUGAUUUUUGAACUCAAAAAUGGGUGUACCUAUAAGAUUCUGGAUAGCAUGUAUGAUUUUUUUUACUACAUUUACUUGUUAUACGACAAGAGUGAAUUUCUCAGUAAGCAUUGUGUCUAUGACGAGCCAAAAAAUAAAAGGAACCCCUUACUGUAAACCGGAAAGUAAUUUAACAGGACCCGAAAAGAAUGAUUAUGGCCAGCGAUAUGACUGGAACGAAAGAACACAAGGUACUCUUUUAUCAGCUUAUUUCUAUGGAUACGUUUUAUUCAAUCUUUUAUCCGGUUUGAUAGCAGAGUAUUUUGGACCAUUCAAAGUGAUCCUUGGUGUUCACCUAGCGGCGAUAAUUUUGAACACUUGCUGUGUAUUUGCUACUAGGGUUCAUUGGGGACUACUAUUUUUCCUCAGAUUUUUACUAGGAAUGGGAGGGGCUCUUGUUUAUCCUUCAUUGCAAAUGCUCAUCGCAUACUGGGCACCUCCAGAAGAAAAAGGAAAAUUUUCAGCAGCACUCAUGGGAAAUGUAUUAGGUACUUGUGUAACAUGGUCAAUUGUAGGUGUAAUAACUACUUAUUUUGGCUGGGCUUGGGGAUUUUAUGUAGUUAGUAUCGAAAACAUAAUUUUUUGUGUAGUCUUUUUCAUCGUAAUAACAGAUACUCCAGAGAUGCAUAAAUGGAUUAAAGAAGAGGAAAUAAAUUAUAUUAAAGAGGCACAAAAAGGAACCGUUACACAUAAAAAGGUUAUAGCACCUUAUAAGGAAAUUUUUACAAACUUUGCAUAUUGGAUGUUGAUGAUUUGCCACUUUUCAAACGAAUGGGGUUUGUACUUGCAACUGACUUUGAUACCAAAAUUCAUUUCUGACGUCAUUGGCUAUAAUUUGGCCGCUACUGGCGGUUUGGGGGCCUUACCACCUUUAAUGAGAAUGAUAUUUGCUUUAGUAUUGGGAGCAAUUGCAGAUGCUCUUUUAGUAAGAGAAAUGGUUAGAAAAAAAGUUAUACGAAAAUCCUACACAGUACUAUCUCACAUUAUACCAGGAAUGAUGCUUAUUGGUAUAUGUUACUCCGAAUGUAAUUUCCUACCGAUCAUGGUUUUACUAACAUUGAGCUUGGGUUUGAAUGGUGCUGUAGUCCAAAACAUUUUAAUAAAUGCUCAAGAUCUUGCACCAAAUUUUGCGGGCACCAUUUACGCACUUAACAGCUUUUUCGCUGGAAUGACAGGAUUUAUAGUGCCAAAUAUUAAUGCUGAAUUUACCAAAGACAAGAAUGGUAUAGAUGAAUGGGGAAAUACUUUUAUGUUAGGAGGCAUCGUAUACUUUACUGGAGGUGUAUUAUGGAUAUUUUUUGGAUCCGUGGAAGAACAAAGUUUCAACAGAAAAGGAGAUCCUGGCUAAAAAUAAACUUUUUUAUCUAAUAUCUAACUAAUGAAUUCGAUAAAAGUGAAAUUUGUUUGACUUAACAGUUGAAUAAUUUCACAAUCCCUAUAGAAUUAUUUAGGUAUAAGCAGAGGUUUGUCUUAACUACCAUACUAAGAAAUAAAAUGAAUCUAAAAAAACAAUUUAUGUAAUGAAAAUUAAUAAAUAUAAUUUCUAAUUAA